CCAUCCAGCGAGGGUGAGCCACCAGCACAGCCACAGGGAUUCCGAGCAGGAUCACCACAGGGAGCACAGGGAGCGCGAGGCGGAUCGCGAGGAGAUGGGCGGCCCAACGGCGCCAACGGUGGCCAGCAGCGGCGAGGUGGGUCAGACCUAUUGCCUCCGCUGGAACAACCACCAGACGAACCUCGUCCAGAUCCUGCACGCCCUGCACGAGGUGGGCAGCUAUGUGGACUGCAGCCUGGUCGUCGACGACGAGCAGUUCCAGGCGCAUCGCGUCGUCCUGGCGGCCAACUCGCCCUAUUUCCAGCACAUCCUCAAGGACGUGCCGCAGGACCACUGCAGCAUCAUCCUGCCGGGGGUGAAGGGCUUCGAGAUUGCCGCCCUGCUGCAGUACAUGUACACGGGCGAGACGACGGUGACCAAGAGCCAGGAGCCGGAGAUCCUGCGCACCGCCAAGGAGCUGCAGGUGAAGGGUCUGUACGACAACCUGAUGAAGUUCAACCACGCCAGCGUCACGCCCACCUCCAGUUCGGGAGCGAAGGCCCAGAACGGCUCGGCCUCCAAUCACUCCUCGUCCGUGAUCUCCACAUCCACCCACAUCUCGCCCAGUGCCGCCAUCUCGAGCAGCUGCUCGCCACCACCGCCGCCGCAGUUUGGCUACCAGCCGGGCUAUGGCCACUAUCCUCCUCCGCAGCAGCAGCCGCUGUCGGAGAGGCAAAUUCCGGCUCCCGGCGAGGCUCCCCUGACCCCCACCCAGGCCACGCCCCAUUCGGCGCCCUCGGGGGCGGGCGAAGCGGGCGGCCAGUGGCCCCUCACACCCUCCGCCGCCGCCGCCAUGCUGAACUCCGUCUACGAAUCCGCCGCCGACAUGAAUCCCCUCAAGCGCAAGAAGCUGUCGGCCAUCUCGAGCAUGCUGCUCAGUGGCAACCGCGACACGCCCAUCCUGAGAAACGUUCUGGCCCAGGCCAAUCCCGCCGACUCCUCGCAACCCGGACCGCUGGCCAUGAACGGCGAGAAGACGCCCACGCAUCCGCACCAGAGCGGCCAGCUGCCAGCGGGAUUAGGAGUGAGUGGCGGGGAGCGCAACCACAGCUUCAAUGGGUCGGACUACGGCGGCGACAAGGAGCCGCUGUCGCCCUACACGGACCGUUCCUUCGAGGAGGAGAGCGGCCAGUCGGGCGGCAAGAAGCCGGAGUGGAAGCGCUACAAGCAGUACACGCGGGCGGACAUGAUGUGCGCCAUCCAGGCGGUCAGGGAGGGCAUGAGUGCCCUGCAGGCGAGCAGGAAGUACGGCCUGCCCAGUCGCACCCUGUACGACAAGGUGCGCAAGCUGAACAUCACCACCGGACGGGGCACCCACCGCACCCCCAAGCGCAGCCCACCGGGAGCGGAGUCCUCCCAGGGAUUCCCCUACUCCGCCGCCGCCGCCGCUGCUGCCCAUAACUACGGACACGGUCAUGGUCAUGGUCAUCACUCGGAGUCGAAGCGCGAUUCGAAGGUGGACCAUGUGCCCGCCCACCACGGCAUGCCGCCCACCAUUCCACCCUCGGCGGCUGCCCUCCUGGACCACGCCUUCCUGCAGCAGGCGCUGGAGAACCGUGGUGGUGACAUGGCAGGCCGAGAGGCUCUCCAUGCCAUGGCCCUGGCCGCAGCUGCCCAUGCCGCGGCCAAUCGGCUGUCGAGCAGCCCCGCGGAGAUGGACCAGCGCUCCAAUGGCCACGGCAUGCGUUCGCCCAGUCCGCAGGGUCGUCACUACGACCAGGAGGCCAUGGAUCUGGAGAUGGAGAAGCACGAGCAGAACAUGAUCAAGCGGGAACGCGACCAGGACGAGCGCGAUGAUGCCGACGACGAGGAGGAUCAGGAGCAGGAGCAUGUGGAGGAUCUCUCGCUGGCCAGGAAGGAGCGCCCGCAGUCGCCCUACUCCCCGCAGCCGGCCGAGGGUGCCGGGGUGAUCAUGCACGCCAGCAGUGCGCCCGCCAAUGGCAAGGAGCACGAGUACCCGGCCUCACCGCCCUUUGUGCCCAUGGGCCUGAAGCGGGAGCUGCUCGAUGCUGGCGAGGAUGCCCAGGCUCGGGCCGACUGAUUGACGCUCACCAUGGCCUGGCAAUAUGCCACGGACAGCCUGGACUCCUUGGCGGAGUAGGGCUUAGGCGUAGAUCCUUAUUACCCAACCCAUCCUUGUGUUACUUUCCUUACUUAGCAAUCGGCGACUCAGGCGCCGAGCAGCGUUGGUGAAGCUUUAAACGAAGAGACCUCAUCCCAGUCGUUGUGGGAAUCAUCCGCACCAGCAGCACCUGGCACCCAUUCAAAAAUCAAACCCACACACUAGAAUAAAUUGUUGUCAGCAUCACGUUGUGCCUAAAAACAGAAAUGUUAGGAUAUAGGUAGGUUAGGGAAUAGGUUAUAGACUACAGAUACCCUAGGCUAGGCACACUCGAAGGCCAUCUUUGGAAACCAGCUCAACCAACCCAUUCAGAUGAUCCCUGCCAACUGACAAACUAAGAUACGAUGUAUAUGUAAACCCACUUACAUGAGACUGAAGGCGGGAUCGGAUGGGGUUGCAAUGGGCUUUAUAAGGACAGAGCAGAAGAGGCUCCCAUUGGAAUCGGUUAGUACCACUUUGUUAAAUGCCAGUGAUUUGUUUUAAAAAUUAUUAGCACUAGAUUAUUUAUAACGACCAGUAUGUGGAACGCAUGUACGUGGCCUUACGUUUAUGAUUUUCGAACUUGAACACAACUACCUCAAAUAGCGUAUCUUUGUUAGCCUCAUGUUAUCCUGUUAGCGAGAUAUAUUAUCGUCCUGGGUUGAAUUUAUAAGACUGACACCGACUCAAACGUAUGUACCACGAGCAAGAGCACACGCAUUAAAAUAAAAUAACGAAACUAAACUUAGAUCGAGAUCCUUAGUUUGAUAGCUAUAAGUUUCAGGCAAAUUGAUUAGUUCUAAGCCAGCAACUAAAACGUAAGCACUACACCUACACUAUUUAUAAGGCAAUUAAAACGAAAACAUGCGCUGGGGGCAAUGCAAUAGGCUCUUUAAUUAUAAACACCUACACUUAUACAACUAUAUAGUCGUACGGUCGAUAAUGUUAAAUUGUUAUACGAGUAACUCUGUACAUAGCAUCAUAGUUCACACAACACACGAUCGAAUUCUAGAUCUAGCUUUAAGUAUUCCGAAUUGUAAUGCAAUUUAAAUUAUCCCUAAACACCCGACUUUCAUCAUGUAAAGAUCAGCGAAAGAACGCGAAAUAAACUGACUGAAGAAUCAAA